AUGAUGCUCAUGAUUGCAACGAGCCUAUUUUUGAUUCUAAUGUUGUGCGUGGCUGGCGUUGAACAGCGGGUUGUGAGCGCAGUGGAUGUCACUAUGAGCAGGGAUUCAUGCACUGAAUACCGUACCUCUCCCACCACUGGAGUUCUGGAAUGUGGGACUGUGACAGCAAACCGGCGCAGCUCUACUCACCAACAGAAUCCACCCGUAACAGCUUCCGCUAUCCAACAACCCCAGUCACAACUCCAAGAAGAAACCAGCACACAAAAGCCAUUGGGGCCGCGGUCUACAGACUCGAGUUCAAACGGUGGCAAUGGGAGCAGUCACCAAACUUCAAAGCCUCAGGAGAAGUCUCCUGAAGUGGCCACGGAACUUGAUGAUGGUCAACCCCAUGGAAGUCCAGAAUCGAGUGUGAAGUCAUCUAACGAACUCCCGCAAGCGAAUUAUGUGGGCGCUGCUGCCGUCACUAGCGACCAUCAGAGGGUUCAGGCAAAAAAAAAGAUGGGAGAUGAAGGUGAAACUAAAACAAGAAGGGAGAACAGGCAAGGUAAUGAAGAAGAAACGCAAAAAUUUGUCCCGCCACCACAAGUGACGGGGCAGGAUGACAGGUAUGUUGCAUCGCCACUGCGAAGCGCAGCGUCCGAACCAGAAGUGAGUAGACCUUCAGAUGUAGUGACAAGCGGUACAAAUGAGACCUCGUCUUCUAAAGAGAGUGAACAAAGAAGGAACGGUGUAGGUCACAAAAGACACGCGAUGAUACUAUCCACAGUACUGAGCUUCAUAAUCUUCUAA